UUUAAUCGUCGUUUCUACUCCCUUGCUUCUACUCGUCUUCAUAUCACUUCGGGGGGAUCACCUGUGCCGCGUUGUCUGCGGGCUUCUGCUUCUGUACACUCUAGGGAGCAAGGAAGUGGAACGGGACCUGCGCACCUCUGGGUGGACUACUCUUAGGAUGAUUCCCAGGCCAUUUCGACUCCGCCUCCUUGGAGUGACUCAUCGGCAGCUCUCCGCCAGACCAGCAUCUUCCUGGUCCCUUUCUUCUCGGAAGGCGACGAGCUCUCGAACCAGUGAUGUCGCACCCAAGAUAACCUUGACUGCUCCUUCAACAUGGACGGACUCGCGUUCGCGUGGAUUCGUUUCUGCUACUUCCCUUGGCCACUCAACUUCAUCUGGAUCCCAGGUCACCGGAACGAGGUCGAUGCACACGUUCGCUUCCCGCUCCCUGAACCAUGGUCGUCGACGUCGACGUGCGUUGUCUCUAGCUGCGGCUAGAGAGAAGCAAAGUAUAGCAUCCUCAUUGUCUUCUCGUCCGGAGGGUUCAUCGAGGUUCAUGCCUUUACCUCGACGAUCAUCACCCGAAGCGCCUAUUCUUUCAUCUCCUGUCCAAGCGGCAAAGCACGUCAAAGCUACUCCAUCCCAUCUGCCUCUUCCUAUCCCCCUCGGAAAUGACAUUUAUGAUCUUUCAAACGUGUUGGACCCAUCUUCCGUCUAUGGCUCUGAGCUACCUCCCUCCAUAUUUGGCGAGCGUGGUUAUUCCAUUUGGUCAGACAGGAAUGAUCCGCAAGCCUUGGUGGCAGCACGACGAGAAGAGGCCUUUGAAGAUCUGUUGGCUGAGAUGCAAGAUAAAUCAGGAGGCGCCGCGACGACCCUCACGGGUCAUCUGAACAUUCUCGCUGCCCUGGAUCCUGUGGAUCUGGCUCCCCAGACCAGGACUCUCCAAGAGGCUGAUGCGGACUUGAAGGAGGACGAAUUUGAGCCAUCAGAGCUUCAGUCGCUGUUGAGGGACAAACAAACCCGAUACAACAUUGAAUCCCAGAUGGAGUGGAACAAGAUCCUCGCUCAUCUCGGGGAUAAAUCCGUCAAACUCCCUUCGGACGCCCUGUUCAAGUCUUUCUCUCCUCAAGAUCUGUCGACCUUGGAAAUGGAUCAAUCGCUUCAGGUCAAAGAUGCCAUUUCAAAUCUGUUUUCAACUCUCAAACGGAUAGAUCCUGGCCACAUUCGUGGCGGAGGACGUCUGCGAAAUAGGGUUCUUCGGUUUGGUGGACGUCAUCGACCACCACAUCCAGAGACAUUCGUCGAAGUUUCCAAUUCGGACAAUGGAGAGACCAUGCUGGUCUCGGUCAUGGGAGAUGAACAUGGUCGAACACGAUACAGUAUCAUUGGUGAUGAGGAAGGCGACGCCGUAUACCAAAUGACUUCCGUCGUUCGAAAGAGGAGACUCAAGAUCAAGAAGCACAAGUACAAGAAGAGGAGGAAGGCCCAACGAGCACUCAGAAGGAGACUCGGUAAAUAACCUGUGGACAUGUCUGUUGAAUUUUGCCGCAGAACUUUCCUUCAUGCAUUGCACAUGAAUAACCAUCGUCAAUCCUGGACCAUGUCUCUCACGAGCUGUACACGAUUGCCUUUCCG